UCUAUCUCUCCUUCCUCGAAGGUCCUAAAUCAGUUUUGUCUUCCUCUUCAUUCUCGAUCUCUCCGGCUUCUCUCUACUCCAGCUUCUCUCUCGAAUCUCAUCUCGAUCUCCUUAUCGUCAUGUUAUAUAAGCAGGCAGUGAUGGACAGCCGUUUGUGGGGAAGAUCAUAACGGUGAAAUAUGGAGACUAUACAAGAAGAGUUGGGAUCGAUGGUACAGCUGAAGCCUGAAGCCAUCAAGGAAGCUAUUAGAUCCACGUUUAGAUUGAGAACAAGGUGAGCUUUUUGGCUGGAAGAUGACGAACAGGUGGUACGCUCUCUUGACCGAGACAUGCCUCUAGGGAACUAUACACUCCGUGUCGAUGAAGGAAUAGCUGUUAGAGUGUGCCACUAUGAUGAGUCUGAUCCGUUACCGGUUCAUCAAGAGGAGAAGGUGUUUUACACGGAAGAGGAUUACAGAGAGUUCUUGGGACGAAGAGGAUGGACAUGUCUGAGAGAGUUUGAUGGAGGGUUUAGGAACAUAGACGGUAUGGUUAGGAAUGUAGAUAGUAUGGAUGAUCUUCAACCUGGUGUCUUGUACCGUGGAAUGAGAUGAGAAAAUAAGUACCGCAGAAAGCUAGAAGAUAGACUCCCUUUUUUUGUAAAUAUGGUCAGAGACUGAUAGACUUUUAAAAAGCUUAAUCCAAGAUAUGUUGUUUGGUUGGUAAACAAAAUGGUUAUUGCAAGGGACAGAGACAAUGAGAAAGCUGGUAAACUAUUGAACAA